GCGGCCCCUCUCGGCCCCUGCGCGGCGCUCCGCGGGCUGCGGCCGUCAUGGGCGAGGCGGCGCCGCCACCAUGAGCGCGGACCCGUCGGCGCAGCUCCCCGACAGCCUCCCCACGGACCAUGUUCCAUGCUUUUUUUAGAUCUACCUUACCAGUUCUGCCACUGCUCCUUGUUCUGUCUCCAGUGAAUGCAUCUAGCUGUGCAAUGGGAAAUAAAACUGAAAUCCGUGUGAAGUAUGAAAAUAUACUAAGCCACGACAUCAAUGAGCUGGUAAAUAUGUCUGCAGAGAAUCCUGACAGGUGCUGCACGAAUGAAAAAUAUAGAAAUAUCAAAGUGUUUUUCUGCAAUGAUACUGAGGAAAUAGAAUCACUACAGAGCAUGGCAUGCAACAUGCUCAGAUUCCUUAAUAAGCAGAGAAUCAGCAAAGCCUUUAGAUGGAAAGCAGCAUUUGUCUCAUGUUGGACAUUACAAGUUCUGCAGUGUAAAUGUGGAAGACCUAAAAUAGCAAAGGUUUGCCUAGAUGUAUUGAGCAUAGAAGAUACAGAGACAGGUGAACAGUCCAAAAAGAAAUGUAACCAAGAUGUUUGUGAACUGAAAGAAAAUAUAUCUAGCCUUCGAUCCUGCUGGAAUAAAUUUGAAAAAAUAAUUUCCAGGUGAUUCCAGGUGAAUCCUGCUCUUUUGAAGUGGCAUUACUUGGUAUCUUUGCAUUUUAUAUGCAUUCUUCAAGUAACCUUGCUCGCUUAUAUGAACACUUUAUACCAGAAUUCUGAUGGAAGGCUACUGUACCUUGUUCCUGGAGAUGACAGCAAGCUGCUGAAGUCCAUGAAGUGGAAAUAGAAGACCAGAAUUUGAAACAAAGAACUCUGCAGAAGUCUGUGUCCAACCUUUGUGCUCUAGAAACCACUUUGAAUUUUCCGAUUUUUCAAGUAACUUUACAAUACCGUCACAUGAAGGCAGCCACUUACGUGUCUACUGGAAUUUAUAAAAACAUCUGGGAAUCUGCAGGUGAAGAAAAGAGUAUGAAAAAGUAGCUGGUUUCUUUAUAUCUAUGCAAAAUGCAUCAAGGACCAAAAGUAACAAUUUACCAAAGCAACUCAUCUUGGGUAUGUUCUCCUGACACAGAAGUUUUCAGUGUGGGUCUGAUGAGCCAGCAAACUGAUUUGGGUUUGGAAAAGCAGGGGAAAAGUUAGCUUUUCGAAAAACUUAGGAACGGAACUGAUUUUUGAGAGAUGCAACAUGUUUCUGCCAGCUGAAGCACAGACAAGACUGAAUCCUGUGGAAGAAGUAAAAGGAGAUGCCUAAAUGGAAGUUGUUCAGUUGACUGGUAACAUCACUGCAUGACUGUUAAAUUAAAUGCAGUCAUGCAUUUAAUCAACCCAGAGUUAGCUGCAGGAGGAACUAGAAUUCUUGAACUUCAGAUUGUGAUUUCUCAUAUGCAAUUAUUUUAUAUAACAUAUUUUAAGAUGUUAGGCAAACAUGACUUAAAGUGUGUGAAUAUUUUCAGAGAAUAAUAUAUUGGCAUUUAACUAAUAAAGUGCUCAUAUUUAAUUUUGAAUAAAUAUAAGUAUUUUUUGUAGUUGUUUAUUACUCUUUUGCAGUUUCUUACUUUGAUAUAACUCCUUUGAUAAUAAAAUAUUUGUCUUCUGUGA